ACUACAAUGUUGCUUUAGUGUUUGAAAUCAUUAGGGGUGUUCGGGAGUCACCUAAAAAUGGAACCCCGCAGGAAUUCAUUAACCUAUAUCAGAAAUGCUGGGAUCAUAAUCCGGAUGUGCGACCUCAUUGUUCGGAAAUCCUCGAAGAACUAAAAAAAAUUAUCCAGCAGAAAAAAGGUUAUAAGUAUGAAGACCAUGAAAUCGAAAAAACAACCAAAUCCCACAAUAGUACUACCAAAUUCGAACUGCACUUCAACUUUAAUGAUUGUGAAUUGGAUAUUGGAUAUAUAGAAAAACAAGCAAGAUUGCAAACCGAAUUUAUUAAUAAUUUUGGUUUAAAUAAAGGAAGAACUUUAGAUGGCUCUAAUAAUAUUGCUUUUGGGACGAAAACGUUACUUGGUGAUCAUGGUGAUUUAAGCGUAUCCAAAUUGAAUCAAGAACCAACUAUCAUUAUUCCAAGAGAAGAAGGGAAUAUUGCAGUAGAAGUUUCGCCAGAAUAUGAUACCAUAAGGUUACAUUUCCCAACCGCAUCU